AAACUUAUGAUAUCAGUUUCCUGGGCUGCUGUGUGAGCUUUAAUUUUUUUUUGUGGCAAUUUCAGAGCCUGAGGUGUUGUUGCACUGUCUGAGCCCAAUUCGAAUCGCAUUUUUUGGGUGCUGCUCUACUCCCACGAUGUAUGCGUUUUCAAUCUUUGUCAGCCUCGCGGCUGCGGUAUCGGCUUCCAAACCUCUACACUAUACGGUCCCCAGUAACUUCAAGGCCGCUGUUGCCAGCAAUUGCACCCUACCUGCAGAAUUCCUGGUGACAAAUUUCACCACCUACGCAGACAAGACGAACGAGACUCUGAGCGCCGUAUCCUUUUAUUUUAGCGAUCCGGAUACAAAGAUCGAGACUAUCUGCCAGCGAAACUCUUCCUCGACACCAAGCGGUCCUAGCAAGAACAUUUACGGAUGUGGCAAUGCCAAUGUAGCCUUCAUCUAUCAGACAACGGGAGUUGCUGGUCUGACACUUACCGAAAGGGCAUGUCCUGGGGGGAGCGGCCUACAAUUCGAAGCAUCGGGCUUGAUCACGCCUGAUCUGGACUGUACGGAUACUUCUACCGGCACGACCUGCCACUCUCAAAAGACGUCCAUCCAAGGUGAUUUCGACAGUUUUCAGCCCAUUCCACCUGGGGCACUCUUACGAAGACGUCGGUUGACGAGGAGCGGCUGAACCGAUGGCUUUCGUGGAGGAUCGUGAUUGAAUAUGGGCUAUGCGCAAAGUAGCAAUCGCCCAAUUAGGAUGCCUCCAAGCGCACCUCUGUAUCGUCGGUGGUGUAGCGUUAUUCGAGGUGCUGUAAUGUCUACACACGUACUCCUAAAUAGUUCAAUAGACUUAAUGUAGUAAAGCAAAUAGCUUCAAGAACCCGUUUUGGAUGACGGUUUACCUCUUUUACCUUUU